GUGUUUAGGUAUUUUUGGGAAUGUGGAUGCAAAAAAAUACCAAAUGGACGAUGGAAGCUUCAAUCCUAGCAAUAGAUACUACGAAUCAGACCUCACUCGUCAAAAAUAUUAUGAAAAUAAAACUUACGCCCAACCAACAAUAGCCGAGUCCAAAAAAGACUCAAAAGAGUCCAGGUUUGGCAGCAUCAGUUAUGGUUCUUCUGGUAAUGGUAAUGGUUAUGGAACCACUGGAGUUGGAUAUGGAUCAAUGAAAAUCGACAUUGGAGGUGUUGCACUAGGAGCUUUAAUAGGACUAGGAGCUAUUUUGAUUAUACCAAAAAUCGCUCAAGUAUUUGCUAUGGGACAUGGAGGCUAUAGACGAAGUUUGGAAGAUGAAAUGUCCACAAUUACCAAUCUUUUAUCCAAAAUAGACAAUUCUUUAGAAGCGAACAAUAUAGACAGUACUUCGUGUACGCAAAGAAUGAUUUGUAAUAUUGUAAAUGACGCCAUGAAAAAUGAAAAAGCUGGCGAGAGUACUGCAUUUGAUGAAUUUGUUGCUUCAUUCACAAAAAACCCAUUAUUUUCGUACGCAAUUGACGGUUCAGCGAUUAAAGAAGCUAUUAAAACCGGCCAAUUAGAAGACAUCGACAAGUGCAGUUCGACUUAUUCGAAAUGUCCUUUGAAUAGGGAAAAUAUUGUUAAAGUUGUUUCCAGUCUCAUACCGGCAGAAUAG